UCGACGACAUGUUUUUUGUUAUUCGGACCUAGCCUUGUGGAGAGAGACCGGGACUCCGUUCAUCAGUUCUUAAAGCAGAAAUAAAGUACUGGUCUACAACGGUUAGAAGAAUGGGUGUAGACCUUCAAACAUACCGUGGGAGGAUUGGCUCCUUCAAUUCUGCUGGAAGACAUAAUGCUAGUGUCAAAGGAAGCAGUGUUCUGGGUGACAUGUUCCUGAUGUCACUGAUGACGGGCUCAUUAUCGUUCAUAGGACUGCUUCUUUUCAUGGCAGGAAUAGAAAUAAACCCAGGGCCUCUGACAGGAAAGUGGCCAGACAGUAUUAUCAGUCAGCGGGACAUUGUUGCCAUCACUGCCUGUAUAGGAGAAGGUCUUCUUACACUUGGGUUGGCUCUUGGAUUUUCUAAAGCACAAAUUGAACAAAUUAAGAUGGAUAAUAGAACGUCUAUAGAACAAGUUGCAUCUCUUCUUUACAAAUGGCGUGAGAAGGAGAGAAAUAAAGCAUCAUUCGAAAAGCUGUUUACUCUCCUUCAAGAUGUUCCGGGGUUAACUGUCAACUGGGAAAAACUCGAGGAAACCUAUUCAUUAGUUGGACAUCACUCUUUUUUCAACGAGGAACUGAAAAAACUUCUUUUGCAACUUGAUUUGACAAACAAAUUUCCCGAAAAGAUAUCUGUGGUAGAAGCUCUUACAGUAGACAUACAUAAUAAACAGGAACCAAGCAACGAGGAAAAUCUUAAAAAGGCGCCUUGGAUUUUGUUAAAAAGUCUGUUAUCAGCUGUUUAUUACGCAAGGGAUACUGUGCCAAACCAACUUACAAAAUUGGAAGACACGGGAACACUAGUUGUAGAUUUGGAACACUUUUAUGAUGCUGCACCACAAACAACAGAGGAAGGAGGAUCGAUAAGCAGGCUUGACAUUUUUUGGACGUUAUUUCAUUGCUGUGACCCUUUCUUAAAACAAAUUAUUGUUAGAAAACUAUAUAUUUGCAACUUGGCUGUGCCCUUUCUAUCCAAAGAUUACAGAUCAAAUUUAGUUAAGGCCUUCAUCUGGCCUCUGCGUCAUUUAAGUUUGUCUUUUGAUGAAUCAUCAACGUUUAGUGAGCAUGCUUUUGACAUUUCAACUCAUGUGGUCGCGUUUGGACGUCUUGGUAGACCCACGUUGUCCAAAUCAUGUAUAUUAAAUGAAAUUCUCUCCGACGAAAAAACAAAAACAAAAUUUCCUGUAUUCUAUGAUUACUCAUGCGAGUCACAACAUGAAACGAGGUCUGUGAGUAAAGGAACUGUUGAUUUAUUUUGGUUGCACCCACGUCCAGAAAACUAUAUGGAGAUCAUGACAACUCUUUUUAACAUGAGAGGUAAUUUAGCAGAAGAUUUUAAUGCAUCUUUUUUAAAUCUUACUAAGAACUUAGCUGAUAUAUUAGUUGUAUUUACUGACAUUGAUGACCUUAAAAGAAGCAUUAAGUCUUAUGAACAUAUUCUAAAACGAUUUAAAUUUGUGGUCGUGGUAAUGUCAGGGCUAGUUUUCAGAGACCGAGAUACUUUACAGGUGUUAAAAUACAUAAAUGAAAUUUCAAAAGAAUCAAGCUCUGAUAUUAAAUUUAUUCAGACUAAUAAAGGUCAUGAUGUAAGUAAAACUGGGGAAAUUGUAGAAAAUAUAUUAAUGGUACUAAAAGAACACUUGAGAGGAAAAAAAGGCGACUCUUUACACGAACGAUUUGAUAGAAAGACAAGCCAAGAUCUUUUAGUUGAAACAAUUUUCCAAGCAGAAUCUAACAAUGCCGAACGGGCUGCAGAUAAUGUACUUCAAGAAAUCAUUCAGGAAACAACGGCGUGGAAGUAUGACAAAAACAUUUCAAUAAAAGAUGACCUUGACCACUGCAGACAUUCAAUAACGCCCUGCUCAUCCAUUUACUCUAGUGAACUAAGUAAGUUAAUUAGAGCGCUUGAGGUAUCACAAUCAUCAGAUGAGUCGGAAAAAAUUCAAGAUCAAAUAUUGGGUGUCCGCAUAAAGCAAACGCAAAAUAUAACAGAGAGUGUUGCUUCUUUUGUACAAAAUCUGUGUGAGUGCAAAACAAAUGUUGAAAGACAUUUUUAUAUCAACUGGUUAAAACAUGGAAUGGAAAAAAAAUGAGAAAACGUAUGCCCCAUUUACAAUUGAUGAAGGAAAACGAAGAGAAAGUCUUAAAACAGCUGCGCUUAAACAAUGCAACAGAACACGAAAUAAAACAACAAGAACUGACUAUAACUGACAUUGAGAAACAAAUUGAAAAUCUUACUUUUGGUGUAGAAUUUCUUUUCAGAGAAACGGCCCACAUAUGCGAUUCAUUUAUAUAUUUAACGGAAGAUACAGAACAGAUAAACCUACCUUCACUGGAAAAAAUAACGAACCCAUACGCUGAUUUGGUCAUUCAGGGACAAGUUCAUCUAGAGCUAAUUGACAGCGAUAAAUUUUAUAUGCCAACCCUUUGGAUUAGAAAUGUUCUUGCUUCGAUCAAUGCUAAACUAAUCAAUUCGAAGCUGAUUACAGUGUCUGUUUUGGGAUUACAAAGCUCGGGCAAAUCAACUUUGUUGAAUACCAUGUUUGGUGUACAUUUUUCCGUCAGUUCAGGUCGAUGUACAAGAGGAAUUUAUGCACAGUUGUUGCCAGUGAGGUGUAAGUUUACAGGAAUCUCUCCCUUUAAUUAUUUAAUGGUUGUUGAUUCGGAAGGUCUAAGGUCAUCAGACCUUUUAACUGUAUUAUACAGUUACAACCGUGAUAACGAAAUGGCUACUUUUGUUACUGGAUUAGGAAAUAUUUCAAUCAUGAAUAUCAUGGGAGAGCAUAUUUCCGAUCUGAAAGACAUUUUACAGAUAGUUAUUAAUGCUCUGCUACGCCUGUAUGAAGCAAAUAAUGCUCUUCCAAAAGAUCAAAGAUGCUUUCUUGUGCACCACAAUGUGUCAGAACACGCAGCUAAGAAAAAAAUGUCAGCAGGGAUUAAAAGGUUCGUGGAAUGUUUAGACGUUGUAACUGAAGAGGCUGCAAUCCAAGAAGGUUCUUUAUCAAAACGUUUCACUGAUGUCAUUCAAUUUGAUCACGAUUCAAGCGUACAAUAUAUACCCUGCCUUUGGCAAGGGGUUUAUCACUUAAAGCAUGUUAACACUGAGUAUAGCUCCGCUAUUAUCAAGUUAAAACAUUGUCUUAUGAACUCGGCAAUGAAUAUUGACUCAGGCAAAUCAUUUACUGAUUUUGGAAUACAAGCAGUUGAUUUAUGGAAAGGAGUUAUUUCAGAAAAUUUUGUGUUUUCCUUCCGGAACAGGUUGGAAAUUAAAGCAUACUGCACGAUAUUUGAACAAAUAAACAGAGCGCUGUGGCGUGAGGAGAUGUAUGUUAGAAAAAAAGUACUGACUUGUUCUCAAGGCAGCCUUUCACAAUGUAAAUUAGAAACAAAUGUAGAAGACGAAAGGAAUAAACUGAGAUAUGAAACUUCCAAUGCGAUUGAACAAUUUACAGAGUCAGCAUUAACCAUGUGCGAAAAAAUUUUUGGUGAGAGUGAAUAUAAAGAUAUAGCAUUUAAAUGGAAAUGCGACAUUCAUUUGUAUAUUAAAAAGAGAUCUGAUGAAAUACAUAGUAGUUUAGUUAAAGAACUUAACAACAGUUGUGAAAUCAAAAAAUUUGAACUUUCCACUUUAAAGCUAAUGAAGGACAAACGAACCUUGCUGAAAUCAGAGGCCACUAAGCUUGCAAAAACAUUACGCAAAAAGGGGAAUGGAAUUGAUCGAAAAACCAUUGAUAGUUCAUUUAAUAAGAUAUGGAAAAGGUAUAAAAAUGAAAAUGUUUGCGACAAAAUUGACUUUCACGAAUUAACAAAGCUACAUGUGCUUGAAAAAUUCAAAAAUGAUAUUAAAAUUCUCCAGAAAGUGAUCAAGCAUACAACAGAACCAACUACAUUAAGAAAUAGUUUUGCCUCAAGUCCUUUUUGUCGCACCGAUAUAAACACUGACGAACCAAAUGAAGCUAAACAGAUAAUACUUUUUCAAGAAUUAGAAGUAAAUGUUAACUGUUUUUUACAGAAAGUGGAAGAAGUGAUCCAAGACAUUUGUACUGAAACAAAAGAACUACUCACAGUAGACUUUAUGUCGUUUUUGCAAAAUGUAUGUGAUUUGUUUCAAGAAUUGACCUCAAAAGUUCGAAAUAUAACUUUGAAAAAAAUAUUUCACAUUAAAUUGGACGUGCAUAUUUUAAACUUUGCUUCUUGUGCGUUUAAAAACCACAAUGAAUUUUAUGAUAACCAAUUCGGUAUGACUGCACAUAUGAACCGGUAUAAAAGCGAGUUGUAUAUUCUUUUUCAAGAAGAUGUAGUUAACCGGACAGCAGAACAUAGGGCAGCCGAAUUGUUCUGUUUGGGAGUUUGUAACUCAUUUAAAAAAAAUGUAUCCGGUCAUCUCCGUUUGAAAACUGAAGAACAUCUGAAAGGCAGUCUACCGUUUACAAAGCAUAAUCUAAUAAAAGCCAUAUGCACAACUUUGGCAAACAAUAACAAACUCGACCAAUUCGUCGAAUAUUUAAGAAAUCCAAAACUGUUUGCGAAAGGUUGGAUGAAGCAUCAAUGUGAGGACAACCUAAACAUAUCAAAACUUGCCAUAGAACAAGCUCGACAUGAAGUGCUGCACAUGACUUCAGCGGUUGAAAAUGGUGUAAAGCUAUGCUGCGCAAAAUUUAAAGAAAUGCAGUCGGUAAAUAUGUCAGAAUGGUCCUCAAUGAUAAUGACUUAUCUGCAACAUUCCGGUACAAGUCUUGAUCAUGUUGACUUUCAAACCUUUUGUAAUCUUCGAUAUAUUCAAGACAUCGAAUUCUUUACUAAUAUUGUGUUGGGACAAAACGACGAGGAAGGCCUAUUGAAACAUAAGACAUCAUUAGUCUUGAUUGAAAUCGAAGAAAUGUUCUCAAAAGUGAACAUUUCAUAUUCAAAAAUAUUGAAUGAAAUGUGGGGUUGUAACGAGCAAUGUCCAUUUUGUCUGGAACCAUGUGCAAAAUCAGAAGAACACGGCAGUUCCCCUCAUUAUUGCAUUCAACAUCGACCAAAUGGCUGUGUAGGCUUAAGAUUCGUGUCCGAUGAAAAAAUAUCCAAAGAGACAUGCAAUGCAUCUAUUGCACUUAAUUUUCAAUACAUGUGUUCAGUUAUCAAAAAUGCAUGUGGCUGCAAGAAACAAGUUGGUCAUCCUUAUAGAGAAUAUAAGCAGCAUUUUCCGAAGUGGGAAAUAAGUCCAUCUUCAAACAGUUUAGAAUGUGCCAAAUUUUGGCUUUGGUUUGUCGGAAGUCAUAAGGACGAAUUGGCAAAGUAUUAUGGUUAUGAUGUAUCUGAAGUACCUACCUCGUGGGGAACAAUUAAAAAGUCUGCAGCAAUCCGAAGUUUAUCAGAUAUAUAUUGAAGGAACAAUGAGUAUUGCAUAAAUUAUGUAAUACAACUUGGGGGUCAAAUGCAAGUACCAAUAAAGGUUAUUACUAAUAUAUUCUGAAUACACUGUAACACAACAAAAUGAUACUGCAACACUCUUUGAAUGGGAAAGAAAUCGUUUUAAUUAUUUAAUUGCUGAAAACACCUGUAAAUAAUCAUAGAAAGGUUUUUAGACCUAAUUACUUUUGUCUAUAUAAAAAUAAUAACUCUAUCACACAAACGCGUUCAUUUUUAACCAUUUUUACGUAAUUAUUUAUUUUUAUUUUUAUAAAAAUAAAAAUUUGGCAUGUCACGUCUUCCAGAAUUAAUAAAGGUACACUUUUUGAAGUACACGCUUUUAUAUAAGUAUUUUGUAGAUCAUGACAAGCAUUUCUGUAUGUAUUAUCCAAGGUCAAGGUUGUAAUGUCCAUAAAAUGAUGUAAAAAUAUAACUGAAUCAAACGUAUUCUGAGAUAAUCAUUGAAAAAUGUGUACUUUUUAACUUACAUAUGUCGACAUAAUGAAAUGUUCUUCAACAUAUGUUUUUUUCUUCUUCACUAUUAUAAAAUUAUGUGAGAAUAAGUUUCAAAGAACACACACAAAAAGUGUAUUUACAUUAGCUGCCGUUUUCAUUUACAAUUAAGAGUAGUUCUUACAAAAUUUACUAAGCUAAAUUGAGUGUAAAAAAAUGGUCGACGUAACAACAAUUGGAAUGCCAAAAACACUGGGUAAAACUAUAUCAAAAUAUGUAUUUAUAUAAAACUGUAUUGAUUCUGAUGAAUAAUGCACCAGAUAAAGGUGAACUGAGAAGUUAUUCUUUUACAUUUGAAAUAAGCAGUUUUAAAUUGAUAUUUAAUUGGCACAUGAAUUCAAAGUAAUCUUCUUUCUCGAUAACAUGUUAUUUGCUUUGUUGUUUUAUCUGCUUUGUUGUUUUAUCUGCUUCUUUCAUUUCUCUAUCGCCGUUUUCCAUUGCAACAUUUUAUUUGUAUAUUUGUCUGCGUUUUUUCCCGUAUUAGGCGGGGCUUAAAAGUCAAUACUCAUUUGUGUACAAAGCUUAUUAUAAUAUUUUACAGUCAUUUAUCAAAUUAUUGCAACAAAAGGUUUGAGUUUGUGUGUUUUUGUGGACGUUAAAAACAUAUUUUGAAAUAUAGAAUUGUUUACAUUUACCAUUUUCAAUGUUCGUCGUUAUGACUAAGAAAUCAUUUUUAAAGGUUUAUUUUGCAUUUAGAUUGUGAAAUGUGUAUUGAAUACCUUUUGCAUCUACAUUAUCUGUCAGUGUAUAAACAAACAGUAUUUUUCAAUUGUUUUGUUAUGAUGUUUGAAAGAUAUUUGUAUAUUUCAUGUUAUCAAUAUUUUUUUCUAUUGUAAUAAGACUGAUCUCUUAUAUAGUUUAGCAUUGUGUUUUUAAAUAUGUGCUAAAUUGUUUAAACACAUGAAUGUUAACGCAUUUAUUUCAACCAUCAUCACCAGGCUAGGAAAGUUCGAGUACUAACAGAUCUGAACUUAACAGUCAUCAAAUAUAUCAUAGAUUAUAUGUUAAAUGCGUCAUUUUAAAACAUUUCAUUUAAGAAGAAUUUUGUUCCCGUAAGUGUCCAUUGUACUUGACAACACUAAAAUGAAUUACAAACCAGACUUUGUUUUGAUGAGGUCUUAGUAGAACCUUAAAAAUAUCUACUUAAAUAAUUUACGGUUUACAUUUUUGAAGGAGCUAUUUUUGUUAAUUUCAUCAGAAAAAAAAUCUUGAGUUCUAACAAUUAAAUCGAUAGAAAUAGCACAUCGUUUUAUUCAAUGCAAAAUCGUUUGCAUUUAAGUACGCAGUAAUGUAGACUGUCAUGUCGAAAUUUAAUCAAAUUGGUCUGAAACCAGUGCAUUUUAUUGAGAAGGCCAUUAUUUCAAAAGUUUCCCCGCCAAACCGAACACCCCAUUCAGCAAGUAACUACCGUAAACAUAAAAUCAAUUUAUCUUGUCUGUUUUUUGAGGAAAAAUGUCAGGGUACUGCCAUAGCCUUAGUGUCGUUACAAAAAUGUCCAAGAUAUUUUCAUUAGAUUUAACAAUCAUGUUACCAGCAACAAUACGCAAAUGUGUUUGAAGACCCAUAACUCUGGCUUUAAUGAUAGUCGAGUAAAGUCCUUGAUUGACAGAGAAAAAGCAGACUUGCGUUGGUAUCCGUUUGAAGUGCUCUUGUUCCAAACUAAUAUAAGAAAAUGCAUCGAAAGAUGAGUUUUCUAACAUGUAAUUACUCCUCGCAAAUUAAUAGGCAUUAUUUAACAAAUGCGUGGUGUUAUUAAAUUGGUAGAAAAUGUGUAUCAGUGUUUAAAGCGAACACCCAGUUUUCACAGGCCCGAUCAAACCUACCAAACGGUUAAUCUUUAGUGGAUUGAACACAUUGCCUCAUUGUAGUUUAUAUAGUUUACUUUUAUACGUUUACAAUACGAUUUCAAAUGAAAUGUUUGAAUGAUUAACAUAUUUGUGUUUCUGUAUGUGCUAUGUUAAGUGUGAAUGAGAGAAAUUGUUCCAAAAAAAGUGUUUAAUCUAUACAUAGAGUUACUUGAAGUGAUACGUUUAUAAAAUGAAAACUAAUUUUUUCUUUGUUGUGUAAAUGUAACGCAAUUUAACAACUGUUUUACUGGUUUAGAUGUUGUCAAAGAUUGGCAGAUUAAAUGGAAAAUUAAAUUGAAACUUCCACCUUUGACUUGUCAGUCUACACAAAAUAAACACCUCUUUUAAUUGGAAAUCUAGCCAUUGGUUUGGGCAAUACUAUCAAGCAAUAUCUAAACGUAAUUGUAAUGACGUCGAAAA